AUGCAGAAUCUUCACCUCCUUUCUAUCCUUCUCUGUCUCUUCGGAAUUCUGGCCCCGGUGUUUACCCAAACACAACAAGACCGAGAUAUAAUCCACAAAUUCACAGGCGUCCUCGCAAGUUACCUUCAAGCGGGACAGUAUAAGAGUAUAUAUGACAUGAUGGGUGCUGGUGCGACAGUGACCGUCGAUAAUCAGAUAUUCGGUACAAGCAAGACAGUUUCAAACAGAGACGAUUUUGCUGGAAUUCUCUACGCCUAUAAAUCAUUUGCUCCCAUCAGUCUCGCAAGUAUAGAUACUCCUGUCUAUCUAUCAACCCCCAAUUUCUUCAAAGUUAAGAUAGGAGCGGUGUUAGGUCUCAAGGUGAAUCCUUUUGGAACUCCGAUUCGGCUUGAAACUGUGAUCACCUUCAAGACCAAGCACCCGAAGCUCGGCCAGGUUCAAUCCGCCAAGCUCACUGUUCAUAAAUAA